GAAAAAUAAAAAUCAAAUGGUCUAAUACACAAUUCAUCUUGGAUUAUGGAAUAAGUAUUCGGGAAAAUUGUAUAGUUUGCUUUGUAUUCGGGAAAAAAAGACUUUUCUUGAACUGAGUGAAAUUUUCACGUUUGUACAGAAAUAAUGGAACAUGUUUAAAUUUUACCCUAUUUUAUUAACCAUACUCCUUCAUCCUUUUUUGCUUUUUUUUUUUUUUUUUUGAAAUCUACUUCUAAGAUGCAUUAAUAAAGAGCUAGUGUUUUGCGCAGAUGCGACGUGGCAAUUUCUCAGCCGAUCCAACCAUUUACUUCCCUAGUUCCACUAUCCUACGCGGAAUGCGCAGCGCACACGAUAGCACCUUGUUGAACGGCUAUUAUCAGACCACUUCACACCCAUCAACCCCUGGCGCACAAUAGUACAGCCCUCUUCUUCCACUUUGUGGCGGGAAACAAGUCGAGCGUUUUAAAACCACUCCCUUUCCGAACUCCAACCGUAACUAAAUGCGCCUCCCCACUAUCCCGCUCCGCUCGCCCCCGUACCCGACAAUGGCAUCCGGGUCGAACUCCCUGAUUUGGUUCAGGAAAGGGCUCCGGAUUCACGACAACCCGGCGCUGGAGUACGCGGUCAGUGGGUCGAGUGUUUUGUACCCGGUUUUCGUGAUCGACCCGCACUACAUGGAGCCCGAACCAAGCGCUUUCUCCCCCGGGUCUAUCCGGGCCGGGUUGAACCGGAUCAGGUUCCUGCUCGAGAGUCUGGCGGAUCUCGACCUUAAUCUCAAGAGACUAGGAUCGCGCUUGCUGGUGCUCAAGGGUGAGCCCAGCGAGGUGUUGUUUCGCUGCUUGAAUGAGUGGAGCAUAAAGAAGCUAUGUUUUGAGUUUGACACCGAGCCGUAUUAUCAAGCUUUGGAUGACAAAGUCAAAAAAUAUGCUACUGCUGCCGGUAUAGAGAUUUACUCUCCUGUGAGUCAUACACUCUUCAAUCCUGCAGAUAUCAUAGAGAAGAACGGCGGAAAACCACCUUCGACUUAUCAAUCUUUUGUCAAACUUGCUGGGGAGCCCUCUUGGGCCUCAUCUCCCCUUGUAACUGAUCUCAACUGGCUCCCAGUUGUUGGAAAUGUUGGGAAAUGCCCAAUCACUGAAGUCCCAUCAAUCAAGGAGCUUGGCUAUGAGGACACACCAGAGGAUGAGAAGACCCCAUUCAAAGGUGGUGAAUCAGAAGGAUUAAGAAGGUUGAAAGCUUCUGUGGAAAACAAGGAGUGGGUGGCUAAUUUUGAGAAACCCAAGGGUGAUCCAUCUUCAUUUAUAAAACCAGCAACAACUGUUUUAUCACCUUACUUAAAAUUCGGCUGUGUUUCUUCCAGGUACUUCUACCAAUGUAUUCAAGAAGUUCAGAGAAAUUGCAAAACACACACAUCACCCCCAGUUUCCCUUCUUGGACAGUUGUUAUGGCGAGAUUUUUUCUACACAGUGGCUUUUGGUACUCCUAAUUUUGAUCAAAUGAAGGACAAUAAUAUUUGCAAACAGAUACCAUGGAAAAAUGAUGACGAACUGCUUGGUGCAUGGAUAGAUGCCAGGACAGGAUUUCCUUGGAUUGAUGCCAUAAUGAUGCAGCUUCGGAAGUGGGGCUGGAUGCACCAUCUUGCUCGACACUGUGUUGCUUGUUUCCUAACUCGUGGAGAUCUGUUUGUGCACUGGGAAAAAGGACGUGAUGUUUUUGAGAGACUUCUUAUUGAUUCGGAUUGGGCUAUCAAUAACGGAAACUGGUUGUGGCUAUCAUGCUCAUCAUUCUUUUACCAGUAUAACCGCAUCUAUUCUCCAAUUUCAUUCGGGAAAAAAUACGACCCUAAUGGAAACUAUAUUAGGCAUUUUCUCCCAAUACUAAAAGACAUGCCUAAGGAGUAUAUCUAUGAACCAUGGACCGCUCCUGUGAGCGUACAAGUUAAAGCAAAAUGCAUAAUUGGAAAAGAUUAUCCAAAGCCAGUGGUAGACCAUAAGCUUGCUAGUAAAGAAUGCAAACAGAUAUUGUAUGAAGCAUAUGAGUUAAACAAAAGGCUCAAGGGAAACUUGAGUGAAGAAGAUCUGAAGAAUCUGAGGAGAAAACAUGAGGAAGACAAGAGGCCGCUACCCAAAAGGCUAAAACAGACCACCAUCGACUAAUACUCAUAUUCCACAACAAUCAUUAUCCAGUUUUUACUUUCUAAAUUCUAGCAUUGAGAUUUGCAGCUGUCUUUAAAUAUUUAUUUUUGCAUUGCUGGAAGCUGUAUGAUGUAGUUUGCAUGAAACUUAUAAGUAUUUUGUACCUAUGUAUUCUUGAAGUAGAAAAGAUCAUAUAGUAUUUAU